CAUAUACAAACUAACGAACACUACUGUUACGUCGUUACAGGUCACGUGGACAUUCCCGCGUUUGUAUAUACAUAAGCGAAGCCCUUUCCAAUUCAAAAUUUUCACUUGACGCUUCGAUUUGAAUUUCGACAACAAAAUGGGGAAACGAUUGCGCGGAGCCAAAUCGAUUUGCUGCUGUGCGUCUCCUCGUUUCUCUUCGUCAUCCAUCUCUUCAUUUUCAUGGCAUGAAGAGGACAUAUGGACAGAAAUUGCCAAGUAUUUGGACGGGAAGUCUUUGGUGAUGUUGGCAGCAACCAGCAAAUGGUUCCUCCGUGUUGUAAUGGAUGAGAGUGUUUGGAAAUUUGCUUGUCUGCGUGAUCUUCAGGUCCCUGAUUGCUCUGAAACAGCAUUUAAAUGGAUCAAUCUUUAUGCUUCAGCUUUUGGUGGAAGCCAUUCUUAUGAUUUUCGUCAGAAGGAGAAGCAUAUUGACUGGAUGAGAAUAGGUGCAUUUUGCAUCAACUCAUCAGAUGCAUUCCUGAUGGAGAAUCUCAUCUGCCCUUCAAAGCUUCCAAAAGAAGAUACCAUGCAAAAUAUGUUGAACUCUUAUGGGUCCUGUGUAUUGCACAACAUUAAAACUGGAAUAUGGAUAGCAGAUUUACAGCUUGUUCGGUGCCCUGUCUGUGACCUGAAUACAUGUGAUGGAACAAUGCAGGUACUGGAUGUGAGACACGUGGAGCUGUUCCUGACUGAAGGGUACCAGACGGGAAGCUGGGAGUACAAGUUGAUAGGAUCUCAUGAUAUCAGAAAACAUUCAGACAGUGCUUCUGGUGGCAUUUUUGACAUCAAGUAUCUCAAGAGUCCAUCUACAGCUGAGCUGUUCAAUCUCAAGUCAUGGGUGGGUAGUCCCAAUGACUGGCAGCCCAAAGCCAUGGUAACUUACCAUGCAGUUGCUAUCAACACCAAUUUACAAGAAAAUGAAGGCCUUCACAUCAAAUACCAUGUAAUGACUUCCGGAGACACUGGUGAAAUUGUCUCCAUCCGUAUCUCACAGCAACUGCUGUAAAUACCAAUUUCAAAGAAACCCACUUCUUAUCGUUAGCUCUCAUAUAAAGGUCAGUAUAGGCCAUAAGUAAUAAACACACCAACAGAA